GUAUCCAGCACUCUGCUACAAAUGAAGAGUGCUGUAUAGCACAUAAGUGAGGUCGUAGACUUGUCUCUUUAUUCUUAAUAACUGCAAAAGCUUCUACAGAAACACUCACACAACAAACGCUUAUCCCCAACCCAGCAAUGGCCGGGUCAUCGCCGGAAAACUCAUUUCCCGGCAAUUGCUUCUCCGGCAUGCUCACUCUGUUUCUUUGCCGCAAGAGUCUCCCAACACAUCCUUCCGAUCAACUUCCCGACCCGGACUCCAACAAUCCCCUCUUCGUCGAUCAAGAAUCCACCCUGAAAUCCACAACCACAUCUCCGGGAAUAGUGGCAAGAUUAAUGGGCCUGGAAUCAAUGCCGGACCUCUCUGCUCAGAGAAGCCGUAGCUUCGGGUCCUUCCUCAAGAGCAGAUCCGUGAACUUCAUCGAUUUCUCACCCCAGACAUUAACAGGGGAGGCCCAGCACCGGAGAGUGAGAACUUCUGUCUCCUUUCGCGAAGCCGUCCGGUCCUCCGAUCGAGAAAAACCCGAUUUCUUAAUCCUGUGUUUCGAUGCCCCCGGGAAUCAGCCUUCGCCCCAAUCGCCUCCCGCCAUUGCUGGGUUUCAGGGAGCGAAAACAGAGGAGAAGACGAGCCAGGAGAGGAAAUCGACGAUGACCCAUGCUAAGAAGAGGAGCGCUAAUCGUGUAAUUGUAAAUAGAAAAGGGGAUUUAGCUCUUGAGAAAAGGGCAGUCAAGAAACCCGCACGAGUUGCAGUAGAAUCAAAGCCUCAUAGGAACUUGAAGAACAGAUGUAACCGAUCAGUUCUUGAUCUUACCCCUAGAAUUUCUCCAGCUAAUAAGCCUGCAGAGAAAUCUGGGAAAUCGAGGAACGGCUCAAAGGUAGAACACCCCUGCAACAAAGCCCAGAACCGAAGAGGACGAAGGGUCGUCAAUGACAAGGCGCCGAAAGCGGGUGAAGGAAAGGUUGUCUGCAGGGGGAGGAAGGAGGAGGAGGAAGAGUGCGGCGGUUCCGGCGAGAAGUGGUUCGAAGAAAUCUGCAGACUGGCAGAGGAAUGUGCGGCGGAGCUGUGGUGGACAUGCGGUGGCGUGUUCAAGGUUAAGGAUUGGGAGGGGAUUUGCGUGCAGUUUGGCAAGCAGAUUUUGGACGCUCUUAUAGAUGAUGUUGUCCUUGAACUUGCUCUAAUGCCCAUAUCAGGGAAUUAACUUUGUAAUCAAGGAAACUCUAUGUGCAUUAGUGUAUGAUAAAUGGCUUAAACUCUUUGCUUUUCAACAUAUUAUCACUUCAUUUUAAGAGUUUCUAGUUAAAAUUUCGACUAAUUUUAAGUUAAAUUAACUCAGUCCACUUAUCUGGUUUUGGUGCAGUUCUAUUCCAUUUAUGGCUGGGGAUGAAGAAUUUCC